UAAUUGAUAAGAUUAUUUAAUCGCCGAUUAACAUACGCACAGUGUUUUUUUCUGUAGUAGAAAAAAUAUUCCAUGCAACUUGAGCACUCUCCUCUGCCUUAUUUCUUGUUUUUUUCUUUUUUGAAAUUGUGGCAAAUAACUAGGAAAGUGCAUCGAAUCGUCAAACGUCAUUCACCUGAAAAGCAUUAACAAUGCGGUGACAUUUCUUUUAUUCUCAUUGCAUGUGGGUGGGUCUACGACAAUAUAGAGGAAACGAACAAUAACAAAAUUCGGUCUUUGUGUCGGUAUUUUGCGAAAAACACGUCAGCAAUUGCAGCGAAAAUUCAAAAAGGACAUCCGAAUCGUAAAUCAUUUUUAUAAAACAAUAAAAUUUUUAAUACCUCUUUCGUCUAGACUAAUUUUGUUACACUCCAAGGUUUUGUUCGAUGAAGUGUACUGCAAUUAAAUUGUCAAGUCGAGAAGAACAAACAAGAGUCAAGAAAUGGAAAGAAAACAACACUCUGGUAUUUACAGGUGAAGAGGGUCACAGCUACUCGUUUCCAUUUUUUAAACAAAAAGGUUCAAAAUCAAAUACUUUGGCUAUAAAUAAUUUGAAUUUGCCUGCCAAUAUACAAUCGUUUAAUACAGGAUCGUCUCUUGAUAAGUGGUCUAAAAAACGUCCCCGGUUGAAGUCGGCCAAAAUUUCAAAAAGUCCGACCGAAGAUGAUCGUGACUUUUGUUAUGAUACACUUGAAACUGAUUUGUCUCUUCUUUUAAACGAUUCAGAUGAUCCACCGAAAUCUCCUGAUGAUUCGCUUAAGAAUCUCCAAUAUGAAGUACAUUCAGACAUUGAAAAACUUCUUCAAGAAAGUCAAAGGAGUGCCCAAGAAGAAAAAGAAGACAAAACAAAAAAACGAAGAAAAAAGCGUGGGAAGAAAACUAAAGAUAAAGUAAUUAAAUUUUCUAAACCUCCAAGUCCUCAAACAGAACAGGUGAUACGAGUCGACGUGACGUCAAGUGUUUGUAAUGAGGAGAAGUACCUUGGAGUAAAGAAAAUGGAGGAAAAUAAUAAUAAAGACGAAAUCGUCGAUCAAAUGAUCGAUGAUAAAAGGAAAGAAUUGAAAAGAAAUUUGGAGAAAAACAGUGAGGAAAUGUGCGACGAGGAUUUUAUUGUGAGGUGUAAACAACUGGCUCUAAGACAAAGACGACGACGAUUGUAACCUAUUUUUUGUAUCCACUGUACAAUAAAAGUAUUAUUAUUAUUACAAA